GGGGCGAAAUGGAGAUGCCCGGAGCGAGAAAUUCUAUUUGGAAAGGGCAUCCCCGUUGGGGCGCUCUGGUGCCCCAAGGCCUCAGCGAGGAGAGACGGCGGGGCUGGUCGCUCUGGGCCUUUGUAUGUCGCUUUCCACCAGGCCCGGAGCCUGCGUGGGAGUAGUUUCCUUACAGCCUUACGGGUCGGGGGUGGGGUGGAGGUAAAUGAGGGGUCCUCGCCUUUCCCCGUUUCCUCCUCCCUUUCCCCACCCCGCGCACGCCGGGGCCCGCAGCCUAGCGAAGCCGCCGUGGAUCUCGGCCCAGGGCAAAGUCUCCCCGCCCCAGAAGCCCCCUGACCCGGCGGGAUGCGCCGACCAGAGAAGCCGGCUCUCCUCGAGAAUCCUAUACUAAAUCCUUGGAUGUACCGGCGUCCACCAUGACGUUAAGUUCUAAAGAGAAGAUGCCUGCUGAAGAUGGUUCUGGGAACCAUGGGAACACUGCCAGCAAUCAGACCUUUUCGGAAUCUCCCUACACCUAUUUUAAUGAGAAGAUCUUCAUUCCUGAGGAAGAGCAUUCUUGUUUUAGCUUCCGCAAACUCUGGGCCUUUACAGGGCCGGGCUUCCUCAUGAGCAUCGCUUAUCUGGAUCCAGGGAAUAUAGAAUCCGAUUUGCAGUCUGGGGCCGUGGGCCAGUUUAAGUUGCUCUGGGUUCUCCUCCUGGCCACCCUCGUGGGGCUCCUGCUGCAGCGCCUGGCAGCCAGGCUGGGCGUGGUCACGGGCCUGCACCUUGCUGAAGUGUGUCACCGGCAGUAUCCCAAGGUCAGUGCCAAGCCACCUUCCUCCCUCCCCUCCUCUAGAAUCCUGCAGUGAGCUGCAGGAACAUCUCUCAGCCCAACUGCUUUCUGGCAGUCCUUCCUCCCUUUGUCCUUUUCACCUUUGCUGUCUGUUCUUUCAUGUGAACAGCUACAAGUUCCUUCCACAUUUUCCCUUAAAUGGUCCUAUAAUCUCAUUGAUCCAGGAGUUGUUUUGGGGGUUUUUUAAAAUUUGCUUUUUAAGUUAUGGAAUGUAAGCAUUUCCAUAACAUAAUACAAUUUUAAAAAGAUGAUUGGAUGUGAAACUGUAAAUCUACUCUGCACAACUUGAUGUUCUUUGAAAUAGAUAACAAAAUUAUCAUGUAAAUUUUUUUUUCCUUCCCCCCCCCCCCCCAUGGCUACGAUUACCUA